AGUGUCCCCUUCACCAGAUACAAAAAGCCUUUCCAUCGAUAAUAACAUUGUUUGCUACUCAGUGCAGCAGAAGCACUCCAUUUCUGUCAGCAUAGCUUGGCUCCAAGCUCCACAUCCUGACUCGCUUGGCUCUUGUCUGCUCCAACGUUUCACCCUCUCUUCAUGCUCACUCAGCUUCUAUAAAGAGUAGUUCAUCCACUGUAUAUUCAGCUUCAAACAGAUGAGGUUGUGAAUCCUCAUUUGUCCAAAAAUAGUCAUCUUUGUCUGCCAAGAUUACAACACAUACUCGUUUGUUGACGGAAGUAGGAAGUGGUUUGCUAAGGGCAGUGAAAUCAAUGCGCCCAGGAAAAAAGUUCCGUUAAUCCUUAAAAUUACCAAAAUACUGUAAAUAUUAAACAUAUUGUAUAUUUUAAUGAAUGUGUAUGUUACUAUAUUAUAUAUAUACUAUGCAGUGUGUAUAUAAAAUGUUGAUGGAGGGUUUUAAAGUUGUUUUAGAGCAGGCCUGGGCGAUUAUUUUGAUUCCAGGGGCCAAAUUUAGAGAAAAAAGUAUGUCUGGGGACCGGUAUAUCUGAUUUUUAGGAACCUCACAAUAAUGUCUGAAUGCUAAAAACGUUAUGACAGACCGCUUAAAAAAACGGAAUAGAAAGGAAUUUGAAUUUUUUUUACUGAAUGAAACACCCAGAAUGUACAUGAAAAUGUUACAAUAUUAAAUAUGAAUGAUAAAACACUGAAUAUUGACCACAUAUGAACGUUAUCGAUCAACAUAUUUUUCAAUCAAGUAAAACCUAACAAAAAUGCAACAAACAUAGCGAAAUAUCAACGCAAAGGGUAAAAAAAAACACCUACAAUUUGAUAUAACUGAUACAUCACUAAGCUUUACAACUUUGUUUUAAAAAUCUCCUUCUGCGUCUGUCCCUGACGGACGGUGGAAACGCUCCUCACCCACACUGCUUGGUGCCUCGUCUGUGACUUAAAUUACCAUUGUAACCAGUAUAUCAUGCAAAAGCGCAGAUUCCAACCAUUGAAAACAUCACUGCACAUCAUAAUGGCGGCUACAGUUUCGAUCGUAAAAAUCUAAAAAAAUAAUUUAAGAAUGUCCGGCGGGCCAGAUUGAAAAGCGGCCCUCAAUUCGCCCAGGUCUGCUUUAGAGGGCUUUGAAGGCAACAUAGGGUACCCCAUUAGCCGCAUAUUGCAAGCAUUUUUUUUAGCUUUAGAAUUCUAAAAAAAAGAAAAAAGAAAAUAAAUUUGUGUUCUUGUCCCUCAGAAUUAUUGUGAAUGAUUCCAAAUAAAUAAAUAAAAACUCUGUUCCCUUUAAAUGGGUGCCUCUAAACAACAGGAGCACUUUUUAAUUGAACUUGGGCCGCCAGUUGAAUAGUGAAAUGGUAAUGAAAUUCUGGCAUGAUUCCCUCUUUGCCUUUGUGCACACUCAGGAUCAUCUGCUGGAGGUUGGCUGGAACAACUCCCGUAGCACCCAGAGAGACGUUGAGAAGAGCCUUAACUGCUGCGGCUUCAGACAGGUGGACCUCAACGCCACCUGUAAUGCUGCCUGUUUCCCCAAUCACUCGUGUUUGCCCUGCGCCGAUAAGAUCCAGGAGCACGCCGACGAAAUCCUGCGUUUUGUAGGAGGAACGGGACUCUUUUUCAGUUUCACUGAGAUUUUGGGCGUGUGGCUCACAUAUCGCUACAGGAAUCAAAAGGACCCCCGAGCCAACCCCAGUGCGUUCCUGUGACACGUACACCUUUAGUCCCAGCGCCUCUGGACCUUUCUCUGGACUUGCCUGUAAAUAAAAGGGCAAUGCUAAUUGAAUGUGAUUGUUUUAGCUAGCCUCACUCCUGCGAUUGGAGGUCCCGUCCCACACGGGACCUUGGCGUUGCUACACUGGAUCACUUGGUGUGUUCAUCUGAAAGUGCUGUGAGGAACUGAGAAGAGUGUAUACAGUAUACUUUCAUGUGUACGUGUAAGACAAGUGUGUGCUUCUGGCUGAAUUUCUGUGUGUAUUUGCUUUUUUUGCAUGACACUUGCAAAUAUAGGCAGGCGUGUCAUAACUGCACUGGCGACUUAACAAAUCAUCACUUUGCGACUUUGUACUGUCAAACCACAAUAAACAA